GGUCAGGGCGCCCGUCGUGCCCCGCGGGGAGGAGGUCCCGUGGCCCGCGGGCCUGGUGCGGGCCAGAGCCCCGCUCGAGGAGCAGGCCCUGCUCGGCGCCUGGCGCGAGGCGGAGCUCCCGUGGCCCGCCUUCCCGGCGGAGGACAGCAGCGGCGGCGUCUCGGAGCGCCCAUCGCGGGCGUUCGACUCGCCGAAUCGGACGCAGCGGCGCCGGAUGCAGCGCCGGAUCAAGAAGAUCACAGACAGGCAGAUGGUGUCCGAGGACUCGAACGGCACGCGGACUGUAGGCAUGUUUCCAGGACAUUUCGUGCAGCCGGCAUCGGCUUGUUUUUAUAUGUUCAUGUGACUGUGGAGCCGAGCGGUGUGGCGUGGGUUCGUCUAUUGAUGAUCAGCAGCACAAGGCUCAAGCUACACGGUGUUUUGGCGAUAUCGUGGCUCGUUUUCGCUUUGAGUUCGUUUUGGCGGCGAAGGCAGUACGAAGACAGAACGGAGGAG